GGAUCGGAGCUUGGCGGCGGGAAGAUGGUUACCUACAAAUUCCACCAGUACCAGGUCGUCGGUAGAGCUCUCCCGUCGGCGUCCGAUGAGCAACCUAAGAUUUACCGCAUGAAGCUCUGGGCCACUAAUGAGGUCCGUUCCAAGUCCAAAUUUUGGUAUUUCUUGAGGAAGCUGAAGAAGGUGAAAAAGUCCAACGGUCAGAUCCUAGCUAUUAAUGAGAUCUUUGAGAAGAAUCCAACAACCAUCAAAAACUAUGGGAUAUGGUUAAGGUAUCAAAGCAGGACAGGGUACCACAACAUGUACAAAGAGUUCCGUGACACAACCUUGAAUGGAGCAGUUGAGCAGAUGUAUACAGAAAUGGCUUCCCGUCAUCGGGUCCGCCAGCACUGCAUCCAAAUCAUCAAGACAGCCACUAUCCCGGCCAAGCUCUGCAAAAGAGAGAGCACCAAACAAUUCCACAACUCCCAAAUCAAGUUCCCAUUGGUCCUCAGGAAAGUCAGGCCUCCUAGCAGGAAGCUAAAGACCACCUACAAGGCUUCCCGUCCCAACCUCUUUGUUUAGUGAUUUUGUCGUUGGCUAAUGUUUUUUUAGUUGCUUAUUCAACCCCUUUUUGCAGAGAGGAAUGAUGUUUAAAGAAAAUUAUUGUUCGUCAACAGAAGUGUUCUGUGGAUUUUAAACAGACUAUGAAUCAUGUUACAAGUGACUUAUCUAUCAUUCACCUUAUGAAACUGGUAUACCCUGUGUGGGUCCUGUUUGUAUUUCAAAUUUCAAUGAACUAAAUUAUUUUCAUACAACUUCUACUCUUCAAGUCUUUGAUUCUUACGAAGUUACCACAUAAUUGCAUGUUCACUCAGUAAUCUUUGCUAAACUUAAUUAAGGGAUGUUUUUUCAUACCCCGUAGUAUAAUUUCAAGUUGCCUUGAAUUACAAGAGUAAUUUGGAUUUGCUUUUAUACUAUCUGAAUAUAUGAAGUUUACCUUGUGCUGAAA